AAGAUCCUUUGUGGUACCUCUCCUCUCUCGCCCUCGAGCUCAUCUCAUCUCACAAUUCAAUUCUCUACUCCACAAACAAAACAGAAACCAUGCAACCCAACAGCAACAACAGCAGUGUCAGUAGCACCAUGUGGGAUAACGACUGGUCCCAAGAUAUCUCCAUGGUUUUGGACUCUUCCGAGCCAUGUUGGUCGGAAGACAUCUCCGACGUUGUCUCACGCUCCUCCCUUAGUACAUCCAUGCAUUCCCUCAGCGCAUCGAUGCACUCCUCCCCACAACAACGGGACGCCUAUGGACAUCGCAUUGCCCGACGAGCUGAACGAAGCCGCAGGCGACACGCUCAAGCUCAAACUAUGAAGUUGAAGCUGCAACGCAGUCGCGGAUCACGAAAUCUGUUUUCAGAAAACAAGAACGAAGAAGUGUCCCAACGACGAUCCUCCGCUGGAUCCUCUACACGAUGAGUUGGUGGCGACGAAAGACCUUCUUUUGACCAUCUCUUCGAGCAGCUCAUCAAAACCUCUCUAUGCAUCCAUUUGAUACCCUUCAAGGAUUUCUUCUCUCCAUAUCCUGUACUUUAGUAGAAUAACCCACUAGCUAGCGAAAACGAUUCCAA